CUGACGAUAGUGCACAAACAGUAACAAUCAACGACGUAGUCCAUAUAAUAUUCUUCCAAGAUGUCAGCCCGUGUACAAAAGACCAUCGUAUUGCCUAUUAAUAUGGUGUUUCGAUUGCUACAAAGUAAGGCUCGUAUCCAAGUGUGGUUAUUCGAGAACUCGAGCAUGAGAAUAGAAGGACAGCUGAUGGGCUUUGACGAGUAUAUGAACCUUGUACUGGAUGAGGCGGAAGAGGUAUAUGAAAAAGAAGGUAAAGAGAAUAAGAAGGUUGGCCGAAUCAUGCUUAAGGGAGACUGCGUUUCAUUAAUUCAACAGGCAUAAGAGGUACGAGAUAAAGCAAACAGUGCUGGCUGGGAACGCGUGAUUUUGGUCAUCAGGUGCUUUGGGCUCUAGGGGUUCUGGCUGGAUAUGUAUUGCUAGGCAGGAUCGUCUGAGAGUGACAUAUCGCGUGUGUAGUUUCAAAUAUGCUGAGGAGCUGAGGUCUGCAUGCAAGGAGAUGCAUCUGUAAGAGUGCUUGCGCUAGCGCUUAUAUAGCAAGUAACUGGUCAUCUGACAUGUACAUAAAUAGAAUCGUCAUAAUGUUGUUUGUUUGUUCGAAAAGUUGAUAUCGCCUGAGUUUUGUACGAUAAAAAGUAUCUGCGUUCCUCCUUAUUGAACUCAAAUCCCUUUGUUAUGCUGUUCGCUUUACACUUGACUAUGUUUGGUACAGAAGACUUAUUGCUCCUUCUUUGUUGGUGCAAGCGAUAACGAAAUUGUCUGUACCACU